AUGGAAAUUGAUUACACAACAUAUGUUUUACCGAGGUAGUUUUCAUAUUUAUAUUGUUUUAAAGAGCAGUUCUUAAUGUUUUUUAGUCCUGGUAGACGUAUGUUAUGUCAUUGUUGUAUUCAAGUUCUGUUAUUACCUUUUUAUAUAUAUAAUGCAGGUUAUUUUAGACACGCUUUGAAUGGUUAUCAACCUGAUUUUAUAAAACCAACCCAUCCCAAGUCAGAUCAGCCACCUGAAUCUAAUGGCAGCACGUUUACCAAGGUUGCAGAGGAUGUUACUGCUAAGAUCACAAAGAAUGUCACUACUAAAGUCGCAAAGACUGUCACUACUAAGAUAACAACGACUGUCACUACUGAAAAGGUGCGCUUUUCUAACGGAUUAGGUAACAAUGAAGGUGAAGGCGACGUCCUCGGAAAUAAUGUAUGUUUUGUAUUGUCAAACUCGAUAUUAUGUCAUACUUUGUGUUAUUACCAUUGUGUAAAUUAUAUUUGUUCUUUUGUUAAAACUUACAGCUGUCUUUCUUAUUAUAUACUGUAACAUUAAAAUAGUAACUUUUUAUAAUAAUUCAACUUAUUUCUUUUCAGAAGUUUAAGAAGGGCCUUCUGAAGUCACAGUUUGCAGUGGAAAAUGAAAUCAGGAAGAACCCAGCGGCAUUCAGACUGAGUAAUUCACAAUAUUGUUUAUGAUAAUAGUCUUUUAGAGGGGAAUGCGACGUGCAGGAACAGGAACAAGCUCAACAGAUCUGGGUUCACAUCAACUGAGGUAGCUGUGUCAGUAAUAGAUCCAGGAGUGUACUUUAGAGAAGUGUAUGAAUGCGAAGAGAAGUCCUAUGAUCCUCUGCAUCUUUACCCAUUUCCUAAUGUAACGUAAGUUCUUUCUAGUGACGUGUUAAGUGUGUUUAAUACUGCUAUAACUUUUCUUUGCUUUUAGGACUUUCGAGGAAUGCAUGUUUGAAGGCGAGACGUUGAGUUUGAUACAAAAGAGAGGACUAACGGAGAUGACAGCGAUUCAGAAGUUUGCCAUACCUAUGUUGCUGGAAAGGUAUCACUCUUACUUCCACAACCUGAUAUUAUAUAAGAUUUUGUACUCAACGCAUAUUAUUCCAAUAUUUCUAAUAUAAAAUGAUUUUAGAGCUAACUACAGUAGAUACGACUAUGGUUUGAUGAUACGUGCACCUGCUGGCAGCGGCAAGACUCUGGCUGUGAUCAUACCUAUUGUCAGUCGUAUCUUCCACUUAAAGGCUAAGUAUCCUGGCAGAAAAGGACCGUAUGCCUUGUUUGUGGCACACAACAACAUCUCUUGUGCUCAGAUUUGUAAGGAACUACUCGCUUUGUGCCCUGAGGGUAUGUGAUUGGUUUGUAAAAUAUGUUUUGUCAACUUGAAGGUAUUAUUUACUUGUCGCUUUGUCAACUGUAAACUGUCUCUAUACCUAAAGAAUGAUUAUAAUUGUGAAUGUUGUAGGAUGUGGGAUCAAGGUGGGAAUGUCAUGUGGAUCCCAAGACCCGAAAGUCAUUAACAGACUUCUGGAAGAAGGUGUUGACAUUCUGGUCGCGACAAGUGGCAGAGCUGACAAUCAUUUCUUUAAAAGUGCUGAAGGAAGUGUAGUAAGUCAUAAUCAUUGGCCGAGCUUUAAAUUUUUGAUUUUCAAAUUAAUUUUAUUGAUUUCAGCAUGAAUUGCAAAUCGACUUAUUGAGGUACCUGGUGGUCGAUGAAGCAGAUACAUUUGUGAGCUCCUACAACUACGCCCAUUACAUUGAACCCAUCUUGUCAAAAUUGGUAGGUCUUUCCAGUGUAUUCUGUAACUUCAAUUGUCGUUUUACUGAAACAAUAUUGUUUCGAAAGAACAAAAUUAUAUUAUGACAUUUCAGAAGGCCAAGAACAAAGCAGUCAAGCUGAUUCUGCUGACAUCGUGCUACAAAGACUUAAAAGAGUUUAGCUACCUUUUGCCAAAGGAUUUCAAAGUGUCUUUUCUGAGCGUGGGCAGGGAAACUUUGCCCAAUACUAUCAAGUUGCGAGCUUUCGACGUUGUAAGUUGGUUAUUAAAACAUUAAAUAUUACAUUAUUGUAAGUAUUGUAGUGCCGUCACGUUGUUUAAUGUUUGUUCCAGGCUCGUGAACACAAACACAAGAAGCUUUUGUCUAUUCUGCACGACCCAAUCUACAGAGAUUACCCUUCCCAGCCGCCAAAGUGCAUCGUCUUUGUGAAGGAGAACGACAGAUGUGCACGGUUGGCUACACGACUGCACAACGAUGGAUUCUUGGCAAUCGACGUUUGUUCUCAGGACUCACCCCAACAAUACCUACGACGUGUUAAGGGAUUCUUAGCUGGCGUAUACGAUAUUAUGGUCGCGCAGGACAUGUUGGCACGGUCCAUCAACGUUCCCAAUUUGAAGAUGGUAAUUCACUACGAUCUCUGCGAUGAUUCGAACCACCACAACAUAUUGAGUUCAUGUGGCCGAGUUGGUCGAUUGGGAAACGUUGGAUUCUGUACGGUGUUCUACGAUCGCCGCGAAGAUGGAAUUGCUUGCGACGUCUUUAAGGUAAGUUCACAUAUUCUAGUAGGUAUCUUUUUCAGAGCUUACAAUACCGAAUGGAAUUGUCUGAGGGAAUGAAAUCAACGUUGAUCUCUUGGGAUAAGCACGGGGUGAGAGGCAAUUGGGAGAAGAAGUGA